AUGGCCAACUUCAGUGUCUCAACACUUAACCUGAAUGGAGCAAGAGAUAGUGCCGCCUUGAUGGACUCGCCUUCAAAGUUUUUCUUCAGCUUGGAGAAGAAGAAUGGACAAAGCAGGUUCAUUCACGCCCAAAAGUCAUCAACAGGGCACCUGCUGACUACGGCCAAUGAGAUCCAGAAGAGAGCUGUAGAUUUUUACUCUCUUCUGUACAGCAGCGAGUACACUGAAAAUGAAGGGGCAUUUGACUCCUUCUGCAAAGCAGGUGACGAUGUCCUUGGUUUAGGGAGUGGUGGAGCGGAGAUGGAUGCUGGGAUGCUAUCGGUCCUGCGGUCCACCCGCCCUGCUGUCUCCAUCACCGCUGACAGGAUGGAGCCCAGCAGAGAAGUGACAAGAAAACUCCAAGAAACCGUUGCUAAGGUAGGAUUGGACAAGAACCGCUCUGGGGCGGUGCUUUGCGAAAGAUCUGAAGUGAGACCGAUGCUCGAUUGUGUGGACGACUACACUGCGGCGCUCAGGUUCUUCCACGGCCUUCUGAAAGGCAGGAGCAGGCUGCUGACGGUGCAGGAAGCAGGCGUCAACUGGGGCGUACUGUGGAAGACUAACAGAAAGGAGCCCUGCACCAAAUCCAUCUCUAAUUACUUCUCAGCGGGAGACAUCAAAGUCCAUCUUAACGCCCUGGGUCUCAGGUACGAGGAGCACAUAGGGCACAGCACCGUCGACAUCUCAGUUUGCUUUAUCCCGGAGGGUGAGCUCCUGCUGGACUUCAUGGCAGAUCAAGAGAACUUCCCCCAGUCGUUCAUCCCGGAGCUCAGAGAAGGCAUCUUGGACCUUCCGAAGAACAAGUGCAGCACCAUGAAAGACGGCAGGGUGCUGUUUGACUGUAGUUUGACCCGUUUUCUUAUUCACGCCUGA